CACAGCAGUACUGCACACGAGUUUAGUAUUAAUAAUUAAUAUUAAGUAUUCACUAUUCAGGGCUCAGGCUACAGACAUUCAACUCUCAAUAUUAUUCUCAGUAAUUGUUUCAACUCCAAAGUCAUAAAACCUGUUGUUUUUAAACUAAUAAAUAAGAAUAAAUCAUAUCACCAUGUCGAGCAGUCGUUUUACACCAAGAGGUUUUCCUAGAGUUCCGCUUCAAAAUGGUAUUGGGCGUUAUAUCUGUCAAUUGAAAAGAGUCACAUUAAGAUUUUGUAAGAGCAGUGGAUCUAGUCGUGGAAUCCGUGAUUUCAUCGAAACAGAUCUAGUAAGUUUUGCACAAGAUCACCCAGGUACAGCUUUGUACUUGAAGCCUCGUCGUCACAAGUCACCUUCAUUUGUCGCCGAAUAUUUGAAUGGCGAACGCGAAGUAAUCAGUUGUCACAAUUUCACUGCACAACAAAUGAUCAAGUGGUUAAAUUUAUACACCACCCGAUCUGGUAUACCGCUUAUGAGGUAUGUAAAAAUGUGGCAUACAGAAUGCCCUUCUAUUCAAGGAGUCUGGAGUCCUUUUACAAACAAGGAUCCUGCAUUAAACAUUACACAGUUUCCAUCUGAGAUGUUAUCAAGGCCUGUAUGGGAAGAAAAAUCAGCAACAGAAGAGUUAAUAGAAAUGAUAAAUAAACAAAAAAUCAGCGAUGAAAAUGAUGACGAUACACAGAAGGUUCAAGCAGCUCAUGUGUAAAUGAAAAGUUUUCAAAAAAUCGUUAGUUACAUGAUUUAAUUAAAAUUUCUUACAAUAAAAUACUAUUCUCUGUUUUAUAUGAUGAUUUUUUUUUUUUUGUAGUAUUUGUACAAAUAAGUAUAUUUUUAAUAAUUAAUAUUUGUAUUACCUAAGUUAAAUCAAUAAAAUAUACCUAGCUAUAAUUAUUAGUUUAAA